CACAACAAACACACAACAUUCAAGGCGAUAAAUCCGUCAGCAAAUAUUCUAGACAUUUUGAUUUAGGCAAACCCUUUUAAGCUAGAGAAACUCACACCCACAACACAACACAACACAAAAAAAAAGUAUUGUUUUGUAAACGUUGUUGCAAGUUUUCAAAUUAUAAAGAAAAAAGAGAGAGAGAAAAUGCCGUCGGACGCUAAGAAACGUGAUGCGCAACGCAAGAAGGAUGCACGCAACAAGAAGAUCCAACAGAUCCCAUCCACGAAGAAGACAAAUGGCACCACCAACGGUGUGGAGCGCGAACUGACCGAGGAGGAGAAACUGUGCGCCAAACUGGAGGAGGAGGCACGGAUCAGUGCCGAGGCACGCUCCUGCACCGGCUCCUUGGCUGUGCAUCCCCGAUCGCGUGAUGUUAAGAUUGCCAACUUCUCAAUUACCUUCUUUGGCUCCGAGCUGCUGCAGGACACAAUGCUCGAGCUGAAUUGCGGACGACGUUACGGUCUGAUCGGUCUCAAUGGCUGUGGCAAAUCAUCGUUGCUGGCGGUCCUCGGUGGCCGUGAGGUGCCAAUACCGCCGCACAUUGAUAUAUUCCAUUUGACACGCGAGAUACCGGCCAGCUCGAAGAGUGCUCUCCAAUGCGUCAUGGAGGUGGACGAGGAGCGCAUUAAGCUCGAGAAACUCGCCGAGGAGCUGGCCAUGAGCGAUGAGGAUGAUGCACAGGAGCAGCUCAUCGACAUCUAUGAGCGUCUCGAUGACAUGUCUGCCGAUCAGGCCGAGGCCAAGGCGGCGCGUAUUCUCCACGGUCUGGGCUUUGACAAGGCCAUGCAACAGAAGCAGGCCAAGGACUUUUCCGGUGGUUGGCGCAUGAGAAUCGCGCUGGCUCGCGCUUUGUUUGUCAAGCCGCAUCUGCUGCUGCUGGAUGAGCCCACAAAUCAUUUGGAUCUGGAUGCGUGUGUGUGGCUCGAGGAGGAACUGAAGACGUAUAAACGCAUCUUGGUGCUCAUCUCGCAUUCACAGGAUUUCCUCAACGGUGUCUGCACAAACAUCGUUCAUUUGACCAGCAAACGCUUGAAAUACUACACGGGCAACUAUGAGGCAUUUGUGCGCACACGCAUGGAACUGCUCGAGAAUCAGAUGAAACAGUACAACUGGGAACAGGAUCAAAUUGCGCACAUGAAGAACUAUAUUGCACGGUUCGGUCACGGCUCCGCCAAGCUGGCGCGUCAGGCGCAGUCCAAGGAGAAGACACUCGCCAAAAUGGUGGCCCAGGGACUCACCGAGAAGGUCACCGACGACAAGGUGCUCAACUUUUACUUCCCGUCGUGCGGCAAAGUGCCGCCACCUGUGAUCAUGGUGCAGAAUGUGAACUUCCGCUACAACGACGAGACGCCCUGGAUCUACAAGAAUCUGGAAUUUGGUAUCGAUCUGGACACACGUCUCGCUCUGGUGGGGCCCAACGGUGCGGGCAAAUCGACGCUGCUGAAACUGCUUUAUGGCGAUCUUGUGCCCACCUCUGGCAUGAUCCGCAAGAACUCGCAUCUGCGCAUCGCCCGCUACCAUCAGCAUCUGCACGAACUGCUCGAUCUGGACGCCAGUCCGCUCGAGUAUAUGAUGCGCGCUUUUCCCGAUGUCAAGGAGAAGGAGGAGAUGCGUAAGAUCAUUGGACGAUAUGGUUUGACGGGACGUCAACAGGUCUGCCCCAUUCGCCAGCUGUCGGACGGUCAGCGUUGUCGCGUUGUCUUUGCCUGGCUGGCAUGGCAGGUGCCGCAUCUGCUGCUGCUUGAUGAACCUACCAAUCAUUUGGAUAUGGAGACCAUUGAUGCUUUGGCCGAUGCCAUCAAUGAUUUUGAUGGUGGCAUGGUGCUAGUUAGUCACGAUUUCCGUCUCAUUAAUCAGGUGGCCGAGGAGAUUUGGGUGUGCGAGAAGGAGACGGUGACCAAGUGGAAGGGCGGUAUUCUCGACUAUAAGGAUCAUUUGAAGAACAAGAUCACCUCCGAAAACGAGAAGAAGGCCAAGGCGGCGAAAUAAAUUGAUAUUCACAA